AGCUCCGGCCGCAGUCUGGUUCCGACCCGAGCGCCCGCCACCCGGCAGAGCCCGCGAUGGAAUAAUGCUCAGCGGCCCGCCCGGUCCCGGAAAUUUUCUGAUGUGACGGCUGAGACAUGAGAUCUUCAGCCUGCAGGCUCUCCAGUUUUUCAUCAAGAGAUUCGCUAUGGAAUCGGAUGCCGGACCAGAUCUCCGUGUCCGAGUUCAUCGCCGAGACCACCGAGGACUACAACUCGCCUACCACGUCCAGCUUCACCACGCGGCUGCACAACUGCAGGAACACCGUCACGCUGCUGGAGGAGGCUCUAGACCAAGAUAGAACAGCCCUACAGAAAGUGAAGAAAUCUGUGAAAGCAAUAUACAAUUCUGGCCAAGACCACGUACAAAAUGAAGAAAACUAUGCACAAGUUCUUGAUAAGUUUGGGAGUAAUUUUUUAAGUCGAGACAACCCAGACCUUGGCACUGCUUUUGUGAAGUUUUCUACUCUUACAAAAGAACUCUCUACACUGCUGAAAAAUCUGCUCCAGGGUCUGAGCCACAAUGUGAUCUUCACCUUGGAUUCCUUGUUAAAAGGAGACCUAAAAGGAGUCAAAGGAGAUCUCAAGAAGCCAUUUGACAAAGCCUGGAAAGAUUAUGAGACAAAGUUUACAAAAAUUGAGAAGGAAAAAAGAGAACAUGCAAAACAGCAUGGGAUGAUCCGCACAGAGAUAACUGGAGCUGAGAUUGCAGAAGAAAUGGAGAAGGAAAGACGACUCUUCCAGCUUCAAAUGUGUGAAUAUCUAAUUAAAGUUAAUGAAAUCAAGACCAAAAAGGGUGUGGACCUGCUGCAGAAUCUUAUAAAGUACUAUCAUGCACAAUGCAAUUUCUUUCAAGAUGGCUUGAAAACAGCUGAUAAAUUGAAGCAAUACAUUGAAAAAUUGGCUGCUGACUUAUAUAAUAUAAAACAGACCCAGGAUGAGGAGAAGAAACAGCUAACUGCACUCCGAGACUUAAUAAAAUCCUCUCUUCAGCUUGAUCAGAAAGAAGUAGGUGGUUUGUAUGUUCCCAGCAGGGCCAACAGUGAUUCCCAGAGCCGGCAAGGCGGGUACAGCAUGCAUCAGCUCCAGGGCAAUAAGGAGUACGGCAGUGAAAAGAAGGGGUACCUGCUGAAGAAAAGUGACGGGAUCCGGAAGGUGUGGCAGAGAAGGAAGUGUGCUGUCAAGAACGGGAUUCUGACCAUCUCACAUGCAACUUCUAAUAGGCAGCCAGCCAAGUUGAACCUUCUUACCUGCCAGGUGAAGCCAAAUGCUGAGGACAAGAAGUCCUUUGACCUGAUAUCACGAUACGAAAUAAAAAGGAGUAGUACUGUAUUAUCAGUUGAGAACAAGUAUUGGCUGGCUUUGUGGUGGAUAUCAGUGUUGACCAAUAGCAAAGAAGAGGCCCUGACUAUGGCCUUCCAAGGCGAGCAGAGCACAGGGGAAAACAGCUUGGAAGACCUGACAAAAGCCGUCAUUGAGGACGUGCAGCGGCUCCCUGGGAAUGACGUCUGCUGUGACUGUGGCUCAGCAGGUAUUCAUCUCGCGCUUGAGCAGACUGUACGAAAAGAGUAUAUCACUGCAAAGUACGUAGACCAUAGAUUCUCCAGGAAAACCUGUUCCUCUUCAUCAGCUAAGCUGAAUGAAUUACUUGAGGCUAUCAAGUCCAGGGAUUUACUUGCACUAAUUCAAGUCUAUGCAGAAGGGGUAGAGUUGAUGGAACCUCUGUUGGAAUCUGGACAGGAGCUCGGGGAGACAGCCCUUCAUCUUGCCGUCCGAACUGCAGACCAGACAUCGCUCCAUUUGGUCGACUUCCUUGUACAAAACUGUGGAAACCUGGAUAAGCAAACCUCAAUGGGAAACACAGUUCUGCACUACUGUAGCAUGUAUGGCAAGCCUGAGUGUCUGAAGCUGCUUCUCAGGAGCAAGCCCACUGUGGACAUUGUGAACCAAGCUGGAGAAACUGCCUUGGACAUAGCAAAGAGACUGAAAGCUACCCAGUGUGAAGAUCUGCUUUCCCAAGCUAAAGCUGGCAAGUUCAACCCACACGUCCAUGUUGAAUAUGAGUGGAACCUUCGACAGGAGGAGAUGGAUGAAAGUGAUGACGAUCUAGAUGACAAACCAAGUCCUGUCAAGAAAGAGCGCUCGCCCAGACCUCAGAGCUUCUGCCACUCCUCAAGCAUCUCCCCGCAAGACAAGCUGGCACUGCCCGGUUUCAGCACUCCACGGGACAAGCAGCGGCUCUCCUACGGAGCCUUCACCAACCAGAUGUUCGUCUCCACAAGCACAGACUCGCCCACGUCACCAACUGCAGAGGCUCCCCCGCUGCCCCCUCGGAACGCCGGGAAAGGUCCAACUGGCCCACCUUCAACACUCCCUCUAAGCACACAGACCUCUAGUGGCAGCUCCACCCUAUCCAAGAAGAGGCCUCCUCCCCCACCACCCGGACACAAGAGAACCCUAUCCGACCCUCCCAGCCCACUACCUCAUGGGCCCCCAAACAAAGGCGCAGUUCCUUGGGGUAAUGAAGUGUGUUCGUCAUCAAAGACCACAAACAAGUUUGAAGGGUUGUCUCAGCAAUCAAGCACCAGUUCUGCAAAGACUGCCCUCGGCCCAAGAGUUCUUCCUAAACUACCUCAGAAAGUGGCACUUCGGAAAACAGAAACGAGCCAUCAUCUUUCCCUAGACAAAGCCAACAUCCCCCCCGAGGUUUUUCAGAAAUCCUCCCAACUGGCAGAGUUACCACAGAAGCCACCACCUGGAGAGCUUCCCCCAAAGCCCACGGAACUGGCGUCCAGGCCCCAGAUUGGAGAUUUGCCACCUAAACCUGGAGAGCUUCCCCCCAAGCCACAGCUGGGCGACCUGCCACCUAAGCCCCAGCUCUCAGACUUGCCUCCCAAGCCACAGAUGAAGGACCUUCCCCCCAAGCCACAGCUGGGAGACCUGCUGGCGAAGUCCCAACCUGGUGACAUCUCACCCAAGACUCAGCAGCCCUCCGAGGGCACACAGAGGUCACACCCAGCGGACCUGUCCCCAAACAUGCAGUCCCGAGAUGCCAUCCAGAAGCAGGCAUCUGAAGACUCCAAUGACCUCACGGCCACUCUGCCUGAGACACCUGUACCACUGCCCAGAAAGAUCAACACGGGAAAAAAUAAAGUGAGGCGUGUGAAGACCAUUUAUGACUGCCAGGCAGACAAUGACGAUGAGCUGACAUUCAUCGAGGGAGAAGUGAUUAUUGUCACAGGGGAAGAGGACCAGGAGUGGUGGAUUGGGCACAUCGAAGGACAGCCUGAAAGGAAGGGGGUCUUUCCAGUGUCUUUUGUUCAUAUCCUGUCCGACUAGCAAGAAGCUGAAGCCUCAGACUGCCCACAUCCUUCAUGCAAGACUGCUGCCUCCACGUAACCCUGUGCACAAUGUGUAUAUAGCUGCUGUUACAGAAUGAGAAACCCAAGAAGGGCCACCUCAGGAGGGGAAUAUAGUGUGUGUUGUAAAUAUCCUGUGGUCUUCUGCCUUCACCAGUGGUAGGGUAACCUCGGGACCCGGUUCGCCUUACUGGUUUGCCAAAGCCAUCCUUGGCUUCUAGCACUUCCAUCUAUCUAUGCUGUCUUAUAGACAAACAGAAAAACAACAAAUGAGUAGAAAAUGCUGGCUUUGUAAGUAGAAGUGGUCUCCAGCACCCGCUGAAGGGCAUGGACUUGACUCUGUUCCUAACAAUGCAGUAUUCUCAAUCAUGUUACUGAAAAUGCAACGUUAACGAAGAGGUGGGUUCUGUUCUCCAGGUGAAACUCCUAGUUAGCUCCAUGACAGACCAGCCUGUAGUUACCUGUGUACACAGUUUACAGCUAUAAAAACCUACUUUGGUAUUUAUUACAGAAAAGUGCUUAGUUAAAUGUAAGUGUUACUCCUUUAGCAAAAUACUCCCUGACCCAAAACUCUGUGGCAUCUCUCGUGCACACGGCCUCAUGCAAGUCUAGGCAAGUGGAUUUAUACUGUCCUUUGGUGAUGAGUGCCCACCCUGAGAUAUUACCUCAUUAUGCAAAAAUAACAUAUCCUUCAUGAUUAUUUUGACAAAAGUUUAAAACAUCUGGUGAAGUUCACCUUUCAGGAACCAAGGACUGCCAGAAGAUACUAACCUGUACAAUAUGCAUGCGUCUAGAAGCUUACCUGAGAUCUGCCUUUUAUAAAGGAAUAAAUAGUGUCAAUAAGUUGAACUGUAUACACUUUUUAAACUUGAGCGCCAUUAAAGCAGAAAUUAUAAGAUUGCAAGAACUUUUGUUUCUAGUCAGUCAUUUGGCCUUCGCAAGAGUAUGGAUUUACAUAUCGUGUAAUGAGUCAGCAUCCCUUAAUCGUGUCAGGGCAUCUAAAGGAUUGGUUUUAAAUUGUUUCUUUAGUUUUGUUCUUGAAAAAACUUAAAACUUGUUUUUUCAGUACUGGGACUAGAACUCAUGACUGUGCUUGCCAGGCAGGCACUGCGCUGCUGAGCUGUGUCCCCAUACCUGAACUUCUAAAAGAUUAUGCAAGAUGAGGGAUUCAGAAAUCAACCUUUUAUAGUUUUUCUGGUGUGGAAUCCAGGUGCUGAAACCAAACUUUUCUUUUCCAUUCUGUUUCUUAAACCCCAACUGUAAAAUAAGUUUUCCCACCCGAAGCUCUGUCCAAUAGACAUGGCCCCCUGGAGUCGAUGCAUAACCAAGUUUUGGAACGCUGCUAUGAAGUGCACUGUGAAAAAGGCUCUCCCUGCGGAGUCUCUUUCCUCUCUCACGCUCGCGUGCUCUCUCCUCUCCCUCUCGCUCUCCUCUCUUUCCUCUGUUUCUGCUCUUCCGUAUGCUUUCUCUCUUUGUCAUUAUUUUUGUUUUGUUUUCCAUCCCAGCCAUUCUUGUCAGACCAUUAAGAACAUUGUAUGUGAUUCAGUCUUUGGCAUCAGUCUGAAUCUUGGAAAAGAAUACAGUGGUUGUAGUCCACGAUCGGUGGGACUGUUCUUCGAUUCCCAGGCGCACGUGCCGUUCUGGCGUUACAUUUACUUCAACUGCUGUUUUGGCAACAGGACAGGAGGCUAAUAUUUUUAUGCAGAUAAUCUUGGCAAUGAAUGAGAAAUGUUACUUUCACAGAAGCACAACUCUGAACCAGAACUGUAGGAAAGGCCUGCCUCAUAGUCACAGUGCUCAGUACACAUUAACUUGGUGUUGUUUAACUGGUUGCUUGGAGCACUUUGGGUAGCCACCUGAAAAAUAAACCUUGCAUGCCAGACCUGCAAAAAUAUUUUAUCAGCUGUUAAUGGAAACUAGUUUAAGCAACUGCUUCCUCAGCAUCCGGUCUCGUGUCCAUCCUCACCCGAAGCGCGGAGCAGGAGGCGCCGCGCCCGAGCUGGUGCCCACUGGUGUCAGGACAGGAGGCCAGUGCUGAGGUUGCGCAGUCCGCCGCUGCGUUCAUUUGCACACUUUCAGUUGUGUGAAAGAGCCGUUCUUUCUUGUGGCCUACACUAUUUUCAGUGAUUCGAAAAUAAACCGGUUUAUAAAAAACACACACAAAAGCUGUAUCGCUAAAGUUGCGUGGAGUCGGUGUCUAGUCUCUGCCGUGUCACAGCACGUCACACAAUGCAUUUCCCAUGCCUUUUUCUGGUUGUGUUUUUGUUUCCAUAAGGAAGUUGAGUCGUCUAAUCCAGUUUACUGUAGGACGUAGGAAAACUAGCAACACCAUUGCCAAUCUUGUGUUUAAAUCCAAUCUUAAACUCAUGAGCCACUAUCUGCAAUUUUGUACAUGGUAUAGUAUUUUGAAGUUAUGGAACCUUACAAAAAAAAUAGCAAAUUAGUUCUUUCCCACAGAUGGGAAAGUUAUGUUCUGCAAAUAGCGUGUCUUAUUUUACUGUUGAACAGCAAUUGCUAUUUAUUUUUUUAUUGCCUAGAACUCCACCGUGUUGUGUAGGAAUCUCAUAGUGCCACUAGUCAAGUCCCGAAUUUUCCUCCGGAUGUUGCCAAGAAACAUCAGUGUACUUUUCAUUUCACAUGUAUUUAACGUGACAGUUUUUCAGUAAUGUAUAUGUUAAUUUCUACUUUUUUUAAUAUUUAAAAUUGCUUUUAAAUAAACAUAUUCUCAGUUGAUCCCAAG